AUACUUUCGUAUAGUAGAAACUACUUUAAAUUUGGCAGGAUUCAUAGCUGCUGAGGAACUUUGUUGAAAUGGCAAGAAAAAGACAGAGAAAUUCUAGUCAAGGUGAGCUUUUUUAUGAUUUUUCAGAGCAACAAAAAAAACAAAUCGGAAGUAUGUCAAUGCCUCAACCGCCCCAAAAUUGGCCACAAAAUGAAAGAGAUGAAUCACAUGAUACAAAAAAUCUUCCAGAUUCUGAGCAACAAAAACAACAAAUCGGAAGUAUGUCAAUGCCUCAACCGCCCCAAAAUUGGCCACAAAAUGAAAGAGAUGAAUCACAUGAUACAAAAAAUCUUCCAGAUUCUAAUGAGAGUGAAGAGAAAUCUAAGCGAACUAGGGGUCCCACUAUGAUGCACUCGGGAUGGGGGAAAGAUGGUGGAAAUUUACAUAUUGAAUUGAAUGAACAUGGUCAAGUUAUUGGGUUAGAAGGAACUAGAUUGAGUUCAAAACUUGGUGUGCUAGCACGAAAUGGCAUCUUAGCGCCACUGAAUCAUAAAGAUUGGAGGCUUGUACCUAGUAUGUACAAGGAUAGAAUAUGGGCUCAUAUCAAGGAAAAUACUGACGCAAGUGAUGACAUGAAGUGCAUACUGAUGAUGUCAUUUGGAUCUAAAUGGAAAGAAUCAAGGCAUGAAGCAAAAACCAUUGGAUAUGAUCCAUAUAACACUGAUAUUGAGCGUUUAGCUCAUUGUCCAGAUAGAGUUGAAGAAGAUCAGUGGCGUUCAUUAGUUCAUUAUUGGAGCUCAAAAGAAGCAAGGGCUAACAUGAUCAAGAAGACUGGAACUAGCGUAGUUGGCACAAAUAAAAAGAAGUGGAAUUUUUAAGGAAAUUGAGGUCAAGUAUCAACUUCAACAUGCUCAACUUUUGGAUUGAUGAUUUCAUAAAGAUUUAUUGCAAAUUUACUGGAGAUUUUAACUCCAUUUGAAUUAGAAGUUAAUUAGUUGGUUUUAUGUUGAGAUUAUUACAUUUAGUUAGAUACUCAAUUUUACUUGAGAUAGAAAGAUAAUUUGUUUUGACAUUGUUUACUUUU